UGAUAGCAACAACGUCAUUGCCCCGCACUCAUCAGGAAAAAAAAAUAUCACAUUAUUAUCUCUCUCUCACACACAUAAAAACAAACACUACGUAUCAAAUCCCCGUAGCCAGAAACGUCUCUCUUCUUCUCUUUGUUUUCCCUCUCAAAUUGCAGUCUAUACUUUUCCAUCAAAAUAUCUGCUUUCGAACCAGACAAACGCCACCCUUACACUCUCCAAUACUCUCACAUUUUAAUUAUUUAUAUAUUAUAUUUUAUUCCCUUUUGAAGACUCGCAAGAUCAUAUCUUCUGCUUGAAGCAAAGUUUUUGGCUAGAAAUUUAGUGUUUUUGCUCUGUCACUAUCCUUCUUGGAAGACAUGGUGAAUCCGGGAUUGUUUUCUGCGAAUAAGUCUACGAAUUCGGUGAAAGUAAGCUUUCGGAUACCGUAUUUCACCCAAUGGGGUCAGAGCUUGCUGGUGUGUGGCUCUGUACCAGUUCUUGGUUCCUGGAAUGUGAAGAAGGGUGUGUUGCUCAGCCCCGUUCAUCAAGGGGCUGAGCUCAUAUGGGGUGGAAGUAUCACUGUGCCAAAAGGGUUCCAAUGCCAGUACAGCUAUUAUGUUGUAGAUGAUAACAAAAAUGUACUGAGAUGGGAGAUGGGGAAGAAGCGUGAACUGGUACUCCGUGAAGGGAUUCAGAGUGGCCAGGAGAUUGAGUUCCGUGAUCUUUGGCAGACUGGCUCAGAUGCACUUCCUUUCAGAAGUGCUUUCAAAGAUGUCAUUUUUCGGCAAAGCUGGGACUUGAGCGAUGCAACCGUAGGAGUAAACCACAUUAAUGUUGAACCGGAAGGAGAAGCUAUCUUGGUCCAAUUCAAAAUUUCCUGCCCAAAUAUUGAGAAAGACACAUCAAUAUAUGUCAUUGGCAGCAAUACAAAGUUGGGGCAGUGGAAAGUUGAAAAUGGACUAAAACUCAGCUAUUUUGGUGAAUCUGUCUGGAAAGCUGAAUGUGUGAUGCAAAGGAGUGAUUUUCCAAUCAAAUAUAGAUAUGGAAAAUAUGACAGGAGUGGGAACUUUUCUAUAGAGAGUGGUCCAAAUCGAGAAGUCUAUGCUAACUCCCCAAGGAAUGAGGCGAAAUAUAUUUUUCUUUCAGAUGGCAUGAUGCGGGAAAUACCUUGGCGUGGUGCUGGUGUAGCAGUCCCCAUGUUUUCUGUUAGGUCAGAAUCUGAUCUGGGUGUUGGGGAGUUUCUUGACCUUAAGUUGCUAGUUGACUGGGCUGUAGCAUCUGGUUUCCAUUUAGUUCAACUUUUACCAAUCAAUGAUACAUCUGUGCAUGGGAUGUGGUGGGAUUCUUAUCCAUACAGUUCACUCUCAGUCUUUGCAUUGCAUCCAUUGUACCUGAGAGUACAAGCACUUUCUAAGAACAUACCCGAGGAGAUCAAGAAAGAGAUUGAAAAGGCAAAACAGCAAUUGGAUGGGAAGGAUGUUGAUUAUGAGGCUACAAUGGCUACUAAACUCUCAAUUGCUAAGAAAGUUUUCGCUCAAGAGAAAGAUUUGAUACUUAAUUCAAGUUCCUUUAAGGAGUUCUUUUCUGAGAAUGAGGGUUGGUUGAAACCUUAUGCUGCUUUCUGUUUCCUGCGGGACUUCUUUGAAACAUCAGAUCGCACUCAAUGGGGUUGUUUUGCUCAUUACUCAGAGGAUAAGCUAGAGAAACUUGUAUCCAAGGACAGCCUGCAUUAUGAGAUAAUUUGCUUCCACUACUAUGUUCAAUACCAUUUACAUUUACAAUUAUCAGAAGCUGCAGAAUAUGCAAGAAAGAAGGGAGUGAUACUAAAGGGAGAUCUUCCUAUUGGAGUUGACAGAAACAGUGUGGAUACCUGGGUUUAUCCAAAUUUGUUUCGAAUGAACACUUCUACUGGGGCACCUCCAGAUUAUUUUGAUAAAAAUGGCCAGAAUUGGGGUUUCCCUACUUAUAAUUGGGAAGAAAUGUCAAAGGACAACUAUGGUUGGUGGAGAGCUCGAUUGACACAGAUGGCAAAAUAUUUUACAGCUUACAGGAUUGAUCACAUUUUGGGAUUCUUCCGAAUUUGGGAACUUCCGGAUCAUGCUGCGACAGGUCUUGUUGGAAAAUUCCGACCAUCUAUUCCUCUUAGUCAGGAAGAACUUGAACGAGAAGGAAUAUGGGACUUUAAUCGCCUAAGUUACCCAUAUAUUAAGCGGGAACUAUUACAGGAAAAAUUUGGUGAUGCUUGGACUUUUGUUGCAACAACUUUUCUAAAGGAAAUUGACAAGAACUUCUAUGAGUUCAAGGAGGAUUGCAACACAGAGAAAAAAAUUGCUUCCAAACUGAAAACUUGUGCAGAAAGUUCUCUCUUGUUGGAGAGUGUAGACAAAUUGCAGCGUAAUCUCUUUGAUCUUUCACAGAAUAUAGUUCUAAUCCGAGAUCCAGAGGAUCCAAGAAAAUUUUAUCCUCGUUUCAACCUUGAAGAUACCAUAAGUUUCCAGGAUUUGGAUGAUCAUAGCAAGAAUGUUCUCAAACGAUUAUACCAUGACUACUAUUUCUGUCGUCAAGAGAAUCUUUGGAGGCAAAAUGCAUUGAAGACCCUGCCUGUACUUCUAAAUUCAUCAGACAUGCUGGCCUGUGGGGAAGAUUUGGGUCUCAUUCCAUCUUGUGUCCAUCCUGUUAUGCAAGAACUGGGAUUAGUUGGGUUGCGCAUUCAGCGCAUGCCCAAUGAACCUGAUCUGGAAUUUGGUAUUCCUUCUAAGUACAGCUACAUGACGGUAUGUGCCCCUUCAUGUCAUGACUGUUCCACCUUGCGUGCUUGGUGGGAAGAAGAUGAAGAAAGAAGACUCCGGUUUUUCAAGAAUGUGAUGGAGUCCGAUGGGUUGCCGCCCGAUCAAUGUGUUCCAGAAGUUGCACAUUUUGUUAUAAGGCAGCAUUUUGAAGCCCCAUCAAUGUGGGCAAUCUUCCCUCUUCAGGACUUGUUAGCAUUAAAAGAAGAAUAUACAACACGCCCUGCAACAGAGGAGACAAUCAAUGACCCUACGAAUCCGAAGCACUAUUGGAGAUUCCGUGUGCAUGUGACUUUGGAAUCAUUGAUCAAGGAUAAUGACCUCCAAACCACCAUCAAAGAUCUCGUCGGUUGGAGUGGAAGAUCACUCCCUAAGGAAGACGACUCAGAAAUAGAAGCGAGCCCAGUGUCGGUGUUGUCAGCAGCAGAAGCUCUUUCUGAGAAGCAGAAGUUUGCCAGUACCACGGAAAAGCCUGUUCUUGUCAAAUAAAAAUUGUAGCUGAUGUUAUUCAUGCUAGUCCUUCAAAUCAUAUUAUAUCCUAUAACCUGCUAAGAUGAAGAUAACAAUAAGGAUCAUCCGUGCUCUGUUCCAUCUGUUUGCAUUAUGUUUCUUAAUGAAGUCUACAAAUAAAUCUUGAUGCAUGUAUUGUUUAUGUCCUGCCCAUAAGUUGUAGCUUUUAUAAUAAUAGUAAUAGUAAUUAUAAGAGGUACUCCGUACUCAUAAUGCAACUGUAAAUAAAACAAUAUUGUGCAACAUUUAAGUCAGGCUUUCUGCUUGAUACUCACUGGCCUGCUACAAAUGUCUUGGAAUUGAGAAAAAUAUUUACUUAGAUUAAA